UUAAAAGAUCAAUAAUCACGCAUUCCAACUUCUAUUUACUUCUUUUCCACGGCACGGUAUUCCCCGAUAAGGAGGAUAGCAAUUACAGCCCUCCCUAUCGAUCGAUACUUCUCACAUUCCGCUUUUAAACCGCCAAAAUGCCAACCAAAAAGUGGAUCGACAAAAAAACCGCAACAAAUUACCAACUCCGCUACCGUGCACAAACAGAUCCCUUAGUUCACGACGACCAAGCCAGCGAACUAGUCUUCACCCAGGUCACAGCACCCAAUGCCUCCAGAUCCAUUCCCGCCCUCACCGCCUCAUCGUCAAAAAUCAAAACAACCACAGACCUGGCCCAAGAACUCUCCCCCCCAUCCACAAGCCUUCGCAAAAAUGAAGGCGAAGCCGCAAUCCACGGGGUGUACUACGACGACACGGAAUAUGACUACAUGCAGCACAUGCGGGACAUCAACGACGAACAAGUGUACUUCGUAGACGUGCAGGAGAAGUCAUCCCAAGGACAGAACAAGAAAAAGAACAAGAUGAAGUUGGAAGACGCACUGCGCCUCCCUCAGGAGGUAUUCCCCUCAGUAGUGGAAGUUAAAAGGAGCUAUCAGGAUAUGCAAGACGUGCCCGACGCACUCAGCGGGUUUCAGCCUGAUAUGGACCCACGCUUACGUGAAGUUUUGGAGGCGUUAGAGGAUGAGGCGUACGUUGAUGAUGACGAGGAUGUAUUCGGGGAGCUAGCCAAGGGAGGUGAAAUAUCUCCGGGAGAAUUCGAAGAGGGGGAGGAAGAUGGUUGGGAAAGCGAUGUCACCGAAAAACCAUCCAAUAACCCACCGCCCGCAGGAAAAGAAGGAAAAGAAGGGGAGGGAGAAGACUGGUGCCGCGCCUUCAAAGCAUUCAAAAACGACCAAAGAAAAAAGAGAGGGGGUAAAGUCGCAUUCGACAACGACUCCCUUGCAGACACCAUGAGCUUCGGCGGUAACUCAACCACCUCCUCCUUCGGCGGAACAAUGAGCGUGUCGAACCGCACUCGCCGGAGAAAGAAGAAAGCCGGCACCGAGAGUUCCGGUUACUCAAUGAGCAGUUCCGCACUAUUUAGAACUGAAGGGUUAACACUUUUGGAUGAUCGGUUCGACAAAAUCGAAGAAGAAUACGCAGAAGAGGAAGAAGGGGAAGAUGACUUGAGGUCCAAUUCAGGCGUCGCGCUGCCUGAGACUAGACGGGAUCUGGAUUCGGUACUGGAUGAGUUCUUGGACGGGUACUCUGUUGGGAAGAAAGGUCGGGUUCGGCGUGGAAAGUAUGGGUCUGGAAUGGAGCAAUUGGAUGAGAUUAGGAGGGGGUUGGGGGGUGCGAGGAUCGCUUCUUGAUGAUAGCAGAGCAUUGGCCAUGACGGAUAGAAUGUUCCGAAA